GCCACGUUCUUUCAGGCAGGCUUUGGUCGUGUCAAUGUUAGUGAUAGAACUAAGUGCAGUGGCAAUAUAGUUGUUUUUUUGCAGAAAAAAGAGGUCAGGCGACAUUUGGGUACUAAGGAUAUACUAUUUUACUUUUAAAAGCUAGUACCGGAAACGAUCUUGUUCUAGCUAGCGGAACACUGCUAAUAGAAGGCAGCUAGCUACCUGUCAACAACCUAGGCUGAAACUGUAGUCUGUGUGGCCCAUUAUCGUCUGCUUCUACCAGGUCAGUGUAUCCAAACAAGGCUGCUGUGUUAUGGAUGAACCAUGAAGGCCCAAUUACAAGUCACAGUGCUCUCAGCCAAGCUGAAGGAAAACAGGAAGAACUGGUUUGGUCCCAGUCCCUAUGUUGAGGUAGUUGUGGAUGGCCAGUCAAAGAGGACUGAGAAGUGCAACAACACGCACAGUCCCAAAUGGAAGCAGGCUGUCACAGUAAUUGUGACUCCGGUCAGCAAACUGAUUUUUCGUGUGUGGAGCCACCAGACACUGAAAGCAGAUAUCCUGUUGGGAAUGUCCAUACUAGAGAUCAGUGAGACCCUAAAGGCUAAUGACCUGAAAUUAUGUGAGGUGGUGCAGACACUGCAGCUGUGCUCUGAUAGAGACCCUCAGGAUAUUGUAGGUGACCUGUCAGUCUGUUUGGAUGGCAUGCAAGUAGACCCAGAGAGUUUUGCCUCGGCAGAGAGAGAACAUGCUACUGUUCGAAAUGGGAAUGCAAGACAAAAUGGAAACACUGGCAACAGGUCAAGCAGAGACACAUCUCCUUCCAGUGACUCAGAGGAGUGGGUAAUUGUACCAAAUGGUCAUGCUGUCAAUGGCACAGGUUCUCCUGCUCGAUCUCCAGGGGGCUCCAACGCCUCCCGUCCUCCCAGACCCGUCCGACCUCCACCUCCUACGCCUCGCAGACCGACAGCCUCACCAACCUCUUCUAGCAGUUCCUCCCCUAGUGAGCUGAGUGAAGGUCCAGCUUCCGAUGGCUCCUCUCAGUUGUCAGCUAGUGGGUGUACAAAUCAGCCGGAUGACUCAUGCGCAAAAACAGCAGCGGCAGGUUCUCUACAGACAGCAAGUGGCCCCAAACCAGAGACUUCUGCCUCAGCAGCUCUGGCCACAACCACUCCCAGAAUCGCACCCAUGAGCAACGGUCCCUUACCACCAGGGUGGGAGCAAAGGGUGGACCAGAACGGACGUAUGUACUUUGUGGAUCACAUUGAGAAAAGGACAAGCUGGGAAAGGCCUGAUCCUCUCCCUUCAGGGUGGGAGCGCAGGGUGGACCCAAUGGGUAGGGUGUACUAUGUUGACCACAUAACCCGAACUACUACGUGGCAACGCCCCACGCAGGAGUCUGUGCGUAACUAUGAAGAGUGGCAGCACCAGCGCAGCCAGCUGCAGGGAGCCAUGCAGCAGUUUAACCAGAGGUUCAUUUAUGGGCUCCAAGACCAGUUGGCAGCCACAGCCAACAAAGAGUUUGACCCGCUGGGACCUCUGCCACAUGGUUGGGAGAAGAGAACGGACUCCAAUGGAAGAGUGUAUUUUGUUCAUCACCCGACUCGGGCAACACAGUGGGAGGACCCUAGGACACAAGGGCUGCUGAAUGACAAGCCCCUGCCGGAGGGUUGGGAGAUGAGGUUCACUGUGGAUGGUAUUCCCUACUUUGUAGACCACAACAGGCGAACCACAACCUACAUUGAUCCUCGCACGGGGAAGUCCUCACUUGAGAAUGGGCCACAGAUAACCUAUGUCAGGGACUUCAAAGCCAAAGUGCAAUACUUUAGGUUCUGGUGUCAGCAAUUGUCCAUGCCUCAGCACAUUAAGAUUAACGUCUCCAGGAAAACCCUGUUUGAGGAUUCAUUUCAGCAGAUCAUGAGCUUUCACCCUCAAGAUCUGAGGCGGAGACUGUGGAUCAUUUUCCCUGGAGAGGAAGGUUUGGACUACGGAGGUGUGGCCAGGGAAUGGUUCUUUUUGCUCUCUCAUGAAGUGCUGAACCCCAUGUACUGCUUGUUUGAGUAUGCUGGCAAGGACAACUACUGUCUGCAGAUCAACCCUGCCUCCUACAUCAACCCUGAUCACCUCAAGUACUUCAAGUUCAUAGGACGCUUCAUUGCCAUGGCCUUGUUCCAUGGCAAAUUCAUCGACACAGGUUUUUCCCUGCCCUUCUACAAGCGUAUUCUGAACAAACCUCUGGCUCUCAAAGACCUGGAGUCCAUAGAUCCAGAGUUUUACAACUCACUUAUCUGGAUCAAGGAUAACAACAUAGAGGAGUGUGGUCUGGAGAUGUUCUUCUCUGUUGACAAGGAGAUUCUAGGUGAGGUCACCACCCAUGAGCUGAAACCAGAUGGAGGGAACAUCCAAGUAACUGAGGAAAAUAAGGAGGAAUACAUCAGGUUGGUGGCAGAGUGGAGGCUGUCCAGAGGUGUCGAGGAGCAGACUCAAGCAUUCUUUGAGGGCUUCAAUGAAGUUUUGCCCCAGCAAUACCUUCAAUACUUUGAUGCUAAGGAAUUAGAGGUGAUGCUGUGUGGGAUGCAGGAGAUAGACCUGAUGGACUGGCAGCGCAGCACAAUCUACAGGCAUUAUGCCCGAAGCAGCAAACAGAUCCUCUGGUUCUGGCAGUUUGUGAAGGAGAUGGAUAAUGAGAAGAGGAUGAGACUGCUGCAGUUUGUCACAGGAACCUGUCGCCUUCCUGUGGGUGGCUUUGCUGACCUGAUGGGAAGCAACGGCCCUCAGAAGUUCUGCAUUGAGAAAGUGGGCAAAGAGAACUGGCUUCCACGAAGCCACACAUGCUUUAAUCGUCUGGACCUCCCUCCUUAUAAGAGCUAUGAGCAGCUAAAGGAGAAGCUGAUGUUUGCCAUAGAGGAGACAGAAGGCUUUGGGCAGGAGUAACAGGAGGAUCGGAUGGGACUGGGUGGACUUGGAUGCAAGAUCCAUUAUAGACAAGAGCAAUGCAUUCCCCAAUUUCCCUUGCACUCAGAAUCUGCUUAUGAACUGGUAGAUGGACAUACACAUCUUUAUUUUCUCACAUUAACAUGAUUAGCAACAAUUGUUUAGAAGCUUUUUUUUGUCAAUAAUUUAUUUUGCAAGAAAUUUGUGAAUCCCCAUCAAUCUGUUUCACUUGUCACCUUCAUGAUCCACCUGAAUCAAGCUGAUGUCCCUUCGCCCUGGUCAGCCCACUAUCAGGCGAUGGAGGUAGUAGACAUGCCUUUCUCACCCUAUCAUGUCUGCACAGCCGCAUUGUGGGUCUAUGCACUAGAAUUGGUCAUUUUAGAGAAAAGAACUAUAUUUGUGCAUUUUGACUUAAAA